AGGUAUGAUCAUGGGUGCAGCUUUGUCAACAGUUUACUACAACCUUAAACUGAGGCAUCCUACCUUGAAUAAGCCAAUCAUAGACUAUGAUUUGGCCCUUCUCAUUCAACCAAUGCUCAUGCUAGGCAUCAGCAUUGGAGUGGCCUUCAAUGUUGUAUUUCCUGAUUGGAUAGUGACAAUAUUGCUCAUUGUUCUCUUCUUAGGCACCUCAACAAAAGCUUUCUGUAAGGGGGUUGAAACCUGGAAAAAGGAAACCAUAAUGAAAAAGGAGGCUGCUAGGCGACAAUCCAACGGUUCUGGAGGUGAAGUGGAAUACAAGCCUCUUCCAAGUGGACCAAAUGGUGUCCCUGUGAAGGACAUCAAGAGUGUCACCGUUGAACAUGAGGUGACUAUUAUUGAAAAUGUAUGCUGGAAGGAGUUUGGACUUCUUAUGUUUGUUUGGAUUUCGUUCCUUGCACUACAGAUUGCAAAGGAAAACUAUACGACAACUUGUUCAACAUGGUAUUGGGUACUGAACUUGUUACAGAUUCCUGUCUCGGUUGGGGUAACUGCAUAUGAGGCAGCGGCCUUGUUCAGUGGACGCAGAGUAAUAGCUUCCACGGGAGAAGAAGGGAAAAAUUUCACUGUUUUACAGCUAAUUAUCUAUUGUGUCUUUGGCAUACUAGCUGGCGUAGUUGGUGGCAUGUUGGGACUAGGAGGAGGAUUCGUUAUGGGCCCACUUUUUCUGGAGCUGGGAGUCCCACCUCAGGUGUCAAGUGCCACAGCUACCUUUGCCAUGACCUUUUCCUCAUCUAUGUCAGUCAUAGAAUACUACCUAUUGAAACGUUUUCCAGUUCCUUAUGCUGGGUACUUUUCCCUUGUGGCUGUCAUUGCUGCUGUGGUUGGACAGCACAUUGUGAGAAAAUUGAUCAUCAUUUUUGGAAGAGCAUCUCUUAUUAUCUUUAUUCUAGCCUCUACAAUAUUUAUCAGUGCAGUUUCAUUAGGUGGAGUUGGUAUUGCAAAUAUGAUACAGAAGAUAGAAAAUCAUGAGUACAUGGGAUUUGAGAAUCUCUGCAAGUAUGGAUAAUAGCAAAUUUUGGAAUAUUAUUCCGUCCUAUUUGCAGCAUUAUUGGUGAGAUCAAAUCUCCAGUAGCCAAAAUUGACUUUCAAUUAUUGGCAUGGCUUCAACUAUGUUGGUGAUUUGUCAUUAUGGAUAGUUGUUGUGAAGUGAUGUAGUGCGGGAAGAUUCCGAAUAUUCAUUUUGUUGAUUCAGAUUUUUUCAAUGACAGCCACUUUUAAAUUUUAUUUAA